GGUUCGCAUUGCAUGUUUGUAAAGUUAAACACUUAAAAAACAGAUUUGUGUUAAGAUUUUUUAGUUACAUUGUUUACUAUGUAUCAAUAUUAUAUAGAAGCAAUACUUGUAGCUUGCUUGGGAAUUGCAUUAUUGGUAGUCAUAAACAGAUUAGAGAAGUUGGAAAAUGGACACGAAUCGUAUCUUUUAAAUAGAGAUAAAGCUACCAUGGCUGCCUUUUCCGUGAGCGCACCUGCUUCUAUAAGCUCGAGUGAAACAAGACAGAAGCUUGAGCAAUACGAAACUGUUCACAUAAAUGGUGGAGACUUCAAUGAAGAUACAGGAGUUUUUACCUGUGGUACGACAGGCUUGUACUUCUUUACUGCUACCCUUGUGAAGAGGCGUGAUUUUAGGGACAAAUUCGACUUUGUUAAAUGUGAUAUAUAUAAAAACGAUUUACAGCAGCUAAAUCUAAAAAUUAACCCCAACGGUGAAGAAUGGGACUUUGGGCAUGCAGCAAUCAGUAAUUCGAUAGUUGUUAAACUCGACAUUGGUGAUAUUGUUUAUCUUGGUAAUUGUAACACGAUAAAACAUUUUGCAAAUUGGACAUCGUUUACAGGAUUCCUUCUGUACCCAGAAAUUUAACUGCAUUUAGAACUUAUGAUUGUAAAGACAUAGG